AUGGCGACGCCGAGCGAAGCGAGAGAGGACAAAAACGUCGAGGGCGAGUUCGAGGUCGUCCGGAGCGGGUGGCGGGCAAAGUACGUCGAGACGCUCAAGUACAAAUCGUUGCGAUCGGGCGUAAAGCUCUUGGGCGUCGUCUCGGAGGUGACCGCGAGAGGUCUGGUGAUGAGUCUACCCGACGGUCUUCGAGGGACGGUCGCGCGCGCGGAGGCUUCCGACGUCUUCCGCGGAGCGACGAGGAGUGCUGGAGCUGAAUCGGCUGACGACGAAUCGGAAUCAUCGGAUGACGAGUUCGAAGGGGAAGAGGAGACGAUCAGUUUGGAAUCGCUGUAUGAACCCGGUCAGGUGCUUCGCUGCGUGGUGCUAAGCCUGGACAAGGGGAAAACGGGCGGUAAGCGCAUCGAGUUAUCAUUACGUUUGGAAAACGUUUGCGCAGGCAUUGGCAAGGAUAGUCUCGUCGAGGGAUCCGUCGCACCGGCGAUGGUGAAGAGCAUUGAAGAUCAUGGAUACAUUUUGGAUUUUGGCAUAGCGGGAACGAGCGGGUUUUUGCCGAAGAAGAGUGUUGCUAACGACCUGACGAUUCGACGAGGGAAAAUUUUGGACGUCGUAAUCACCGCGACUCCCACUGGAAAUAAGGGAUACUUCACGGUGACGAGCGAUCAGAAGAGAGUCACAAGUUCAGUUUCUCACGAAACGUCUGCGACAAAUGUGUCGACGCUUCUCCCAGGCAUGCUCGUGAACUCACGCGUGAAGCAAGUCCUUGCGGACGGAAUAUUGUGCAGUUUCAUGACUUUCUUUUCAGGCACUGUGGAUUGCUUUCAAACGGGCUCGGUUGCCACGACAAAGGGCGUAGCGUCAGCCUUCAAGGUUGGUCAACGUAUGCGCGCACGUGUGAUUUUCGUAGAUGCUGUUGCAAAGCGCGUUUGCUUGACGCUCUUGCCACACUUACUUGAGCAUACGUCGAUCACACUUCCAAAGCUCGGUAAAGUCUUUCAAACGGCGACUAUCGCAAGAGUUGACGCCGGCCAGGGCGUUGCACUGAGCGUGUCUGACGGCGAUGAUCACAUCGCGGCUUAUGCGCACGUUUCUCAACUCUCUGAUGAACGUGUGGAAAAGGUUGAGAAGAAGUUUAAAAUUGGACGCUCGGUCAAUGUCCGGGUCAUCGGUCAUCGGCUAAUGGAUGGUAUCGUGAGUGUGAGUCUAAAGUCGUCUGUGAUGGCUCAACCAUUCUUUUCACUCGAAGAGCUCACUCCCGGUAUGUUGGUCAACGGUGAAGUUGUCGCAGUCGAGCAUUACGGAGCUAUAGUAAAGCUCGCUGAAGGAAUUAAAGCGCUGUGUCCUCCGCUUCACGUCUCUGACAUUGUCGGUAGAACGACGUCGUCGAAGGUCAGUCCGGGGGCUAAACUUAAAUUUAGAGUGCUGAACGUCGACAAAAAUAGCCGACGGGCGACAGUGUCGCACAAACGGACGCUCAUUAAGUCGGAGUUGCCUGUGAUUGCGUCGCUCGAGGACGCCCUCCCGGGUGCUGUGACGCAUGGCGUCGUCACCGGUGUCAACGAGUACGGUGUAUUUAUCUCUCUGUAUGGCGAUUUGAGAGGUUUGGCGAAUGUGAAUGAUUUAGGUUUACUUAGUGACCAGAAACCAAGCGACGCGUUUGGAGUCGGACAGGUUGUUCGCGUCACUAUUGUGUCAGCCGAUGCUUCUGGCAGACUACGAUUAUCUCUUGCGGCUGGUGUGGCGUUGGAGGCCAAGACCCCCGGCUUGAUGAUAAACGCAUCUGCGGCUGAUUUAACCCCUGGUAUUAUCGUUGAAACGGCGGUGGUCACUCACGUCUCCGCGCAAACUGGGAACGUAGAGGUUGUUUUUACCGCUGAAAAAGGCAACGUACCAGGGAUUAUAGCUCUCGCGCACCUGUCAGAUCAUCCUUUGACAGCAACAGGCUUGAGUUCCGUUCUGAAUCCUGGCGACAAGAUCGGUCCUCUUGUUGUGCUUGAAGGCAAGCCUACGCGGGCGGUAUUGUCUCGCAAGCUUUCUCUUGUUGAAAGUAGUCAGAAUUCGAAACUUCCUGCUUCCGCCGAGGAGGCGACGCCCGGGUCGGUGUUUCCUGGGUACGUAGCAUCUGCUACUUCGGCGGGUGUUUUUGUGCGCUUUUUGGGCAAACUUACAGGGCUAGCACCGCCAUCGCAGCUCGUGGAUGGCGUCUCCGCGGACAUUCAUGACAUGUUCCCGGUUGGGAAGACAGUGAACGCUUUAGUGCUUGCCGUCGACACAUCUACGUCGCCUCCGAGAUUGUCGCUUUCGCUUAAGUUGUCAGCGACGUCGUCUCCUCUGAGCGAUGCGCCAUUGAUACGAUCGUUCUUCAACGACAUAGAGCUUUUGGACGAACGAGUCGCUAAUGCUGAUGACGUCGGCAUCUCACCAGAGACAGCCAAAUCUCUCCAACCUGGUACCUGGAUGGACGUCACUGUGAAUGAAACCAAGGAAUACGGUGUGCUCAUGGAUAUGGCAAUCGAUUCCAACGCAGUCGGUCUCGUUACUCCUCAUCAGCUACCAGAAAGUGUUGAAUUUGAAUCAGGCGAUGCGGUAAAAUGUUACGUGUUGGAUGUGAGCCGGCGAGAGGGCGUUGUUGACAUGGGCAUGCGUUCUGGUUUAGAACGCUUCAAGCGUAACAAAACAGCAUCUGGCAAGAGCCUUAAAAGACUCAAAGUUGGUGACGAAGUGACCGCAGAUGUCGAGCUCGUCAAGGCUGAGUAUGCUGUUUUCUCUUUACCGGAUCAUAGUGGACUUAUCGGAUACGCAUCAGUUCACCAUCUCAAUCGAUCUUACGAGGAUGCUACGCAACGCUUUACUCCAGCUCAACGGGUGAAAGCAAUCGUCGCACAGUUACCCGACGGUGCAAACGGUCGCCUUCUCCUUACGGUACCCGUUACUAUUAGUUCGUCGGGCGGUAAGAUAGCUGCCGGGACGCUCGUCAAAGGCGUCGUAUCGGAAAUUCAGCCACUUCAAGCCUUGGUCGCGUUACCAAACAACGCUCGAGGUAGAUUGUACAUUAGCGAGUUCGAUCUCACUGAGGAGAAACCGCUCGCUUCCGUAUCCGUCGGUAGCACGAUCGAAGCUACUGUAUUAGGUCUCGCUGGUGAGCGUGGAGGAUUGCUGGAUUUAUCAGUCCACCGAAAGAGUGCGUUCAGUCUCGAUGGCGUAUCCGUUGGCGACUCGUUGAACGCCUACGUACUUUCGAUCACUCAGGAUGGACUCAAAGUUACCGUUGCGCCGGGAGUGACGUCUUUCAUUCCAAAGAUUGAAACGUCCGACAAGGCAUCCGAGCUCAGUGAAAGUCUAGAGACGAGAUUCGUCAUCGGUCAGCGAGUACGCGCCACUGCUGUUGACAUCAAGUUGAACAAGAGGCGAAUCGAUCUUACGCUUCGAACGGAAAGUGUUUUCGGAUCGAACAAAGUGUGUGUGGGCGCGAAAUUGCAUGGUAUCGUCACUCGCGUGGUUAAACAUGCUGGUGUCAUGGUUCAGAUUGGGUCGCACUCGUUUGGUAGAAUACAUCUCACAGAUUUAUCAGAUGAACUCAAGGAAGAGCCGAGUGCAAGCUACGCUGCUGGCGCAGUCGUCCAAGUGCGUGUGUUGAAUGUAUCGCCGAGCGGCGAGAUUGAUUUAUCGACUCGUGCUUCGCGAAUGUCGAGUAAAACGAUCUUGCCCGAAGAUGCCGAAGUACAAGACGUGGCGAAUCUCGUACCAGGUCAACGCAUCAAGGGCUAUGUCAAGGCUACGACAAAGAAAGGCUGUUUUGUCGCUCUUUCUCGCAGCAUCGAUGCCAUGUGCAAGCUUUCAAAUCUGGCGGAUGACUUCAUAGCCGACCCGAUCGCAUCUUUCCCGCCUGGGAAGCUCGUGCAAGGUCGAAUCGUGAGCGCCGACGCGGCGAAAGGGCGAGUUGAAAUCUCUCUUCGUGAACGGGAAAACAGCUCUCAGGGGAACGCGGAUGUUUCAGGCGUUGACGUGGGAUCUGUGAUGAUGGGGACGGUACGUCGCGUGCAGCCUUAUGGUGUCUUCAUCGGUCUAGAUGGAACGAAACUAUCUGGGCUCUGUCACAUCUCAAUGUUUGCCGACGCACGUAUCAACGAUGACUUGUCUUUGCACGUUCGCCAGGGCGAGCGAGUGCGAGUAAAAGUGCUGGAGAUCAAUGCGGAGACAAAAAAAAUAUCACUCGGUUGUAAGGCUUCAUUAUUUGAAGACGACGACAAAAAUGACGAAGACGAAGACCAUGAAAUGGAAGACGCACAAAAUCCGACGCUGGAUCCAUUGAUGGACGUGGAUGGAGAGAGCGAUGACGACGAUGACGACGAUGACGACGAUGAUGAUAAUGAAGAUGACAGCGACGAGGAGCUUGAUGGCGACAGUGAAGAAGAACACGACGAUGAAGAGAAUGGUAAUAGUGAAGAGGACGAGGGGUUGAUUGCAAAAAGCGACGAGGAAAUCGACGAGGAAAUCGACGAGGAAAGCGACGAGGAUGUCGAAGACGAUACCAGUGAGUCUGACGACGCGGCUGGCGACAUGUCCGCCUCGGAUGCAAAUGACUCUGAUGGCGAAGCCUCCGAUUCUGAAGACGAACCGAUCGGGAAGGACUUAUCUUUCGAUUGGGGCGCUACGGAAAACGAAAUACGGCCGGUGAAUGUCGAUUCCGAUAAUCCAGACGAUGCGAAGCCGCUUUCCAAGCGUGAAAAGAAACGCUUGAAGGAAGCUAAAGAACUCGAGAUCUUGCAGAAGGAACAAGCACUCAGAGACGGGGAUGCCGUUCCUGAAUCCGCUAUGGAAUUUGAAAAGCUCCUCAUCGCUUCACCGAGGUCUUCGUUUCUGUGGGUGAGAUAUAUGGCGUUCCACGUCAGCUGCGGAGCAUACGCUGAAGCCAGAGAAGUUGCCGAGCGCGCAAUCGUAGCGAUACCGGCCUCAGAGGAGACCGAACGCAUGAAUAUUUGGGCGGCGUAUCUCAAUCUUGAGAACAAGUAUGGAACUCCGACACCAGAAGAAGCGGUGAAAAAGCUUUUCACUCGCGCGGUCCAGCUUUCCAAUGCAAAGCACUUGCAUAUGACGCUCAUAUCAAUGUACGAACGAAACGGGCAACAACAGUCGCUCGAAGACGCUCUCAAGAAGGCGGCAAAGAAGUUUUCGUAUAGCACUAAAGUCUGGCUAGCGUACAUAAGAGCCGCAGUCUUGAAGGGUAACUCCGAGUGGGCGCGGCAGUUGCUCGAUAGGGCGACGCAAGCGCUGCCGAAACACAAGCACAUCAAAAUCUUGAUGCGAACUGCUCUCUUCGAAAUGAAAGAGGGCAACCCCGAAAGAGGGAGAACGAUGUUUGAGGGGAUAUUGCGAAACUACCCGCGUCGCACCGAUAUUUGGUCGGUAUACAUUGAUCAGGAAAUCAAACAGGGCGAUGUUCUGCGCAUCCGUGCCUUGUUUGAGAGAGCGACGCACCUUGAUCUCAACGCGAAGAGCAUGAAGUUUUUGUUCAAGCGCUACUUAGAUUUCGAACGCUCGGAGGGCGAUGACGAGCGCAUAGCACACGUAAAACAGCGUGCGAUGGAGUACGUAUCGAACAAGUUUGGCUAA